UAUAAAAGCAGUUGGGAGCAGGUGACUGGCACUCACACACCACGACCAGUCAGCAGCGGAGGAUUACAGCAGGUAGCACUAACUCUCAUUGACUGCCCAGAGCGGACGGACUGAAUUGGAAACAUGUCAAAAGUUUUCAAGAAAACCAGUGGCCAUGGACAAAUUGCUUUGUACUUGGGAAAGAGAGAUUUUGUGGACCAUGUGGAUUCAGUGGAAGUAGUUGAUGGCGUGGUUAAAGUGGACCCGUCAGGCCUCAAUGGCAAAAAAGUGUUUGUUUACCUUGCUUGUGCCUUCCGGUACGGAAGCGAAGACCUGGAUGUCAUCGGGCUGACCUUCAGGAGGGACAUUUGGAUACAUCGUGUCCAGGUGUAUCCCCCUGAAGGUGGAAGUGCCACCAAGUCACCAAUGCAGGAAUCUCUCAUGAAGAAAGUCGGAGAGCAGGGAUGCCCCUUCUCAUUCCAGAUGCCCACGAACCUGCCUUGCUCCGUCGCACUGCAGCCUGGACCAAAUGAUUCUGGAAAGGCUUGUGGAGUGGACUUUGAGGUGAAAGCAUACGUUGCCAAUGAAAAGAAUAAUCCAGAUGAGGUGAUUGAAAAGAAGGAUACUUGUCGGCUCAUGAUCAAAAAGAUCCAGUUUGCACCGGCAGGCAACAAAGCCGGACCCAAGGCUGACAUCUCCAAGCAGUUCAUGAUGAAUGACAAGCCCGUCCACCUGGAGGCUGCCCUGGAAAAAGAGAUAUACUACCACGACGAACCAAUCACUGUCAAAGUGAAAGUCAACAAUGAAACCAACAAGACGGUGAAGAAAAUCAGGGUGUCAGUGGAACAGCUUACAAAUGUUGCGCUCUACUCCUCUGACACUUACACCGCGGCUGUCUGCACCGAAGAGUUCGGGGAGACCAUUAACGGCAACUCAACAUUUGACAAGUCCUUCACAGUAACCCCAACACUGGCCAACAACAAAGAGAAGAGAGGAAUAUCAGUGGACGGACGUCUUAAAGAUGAGGACACCCACCUUGCAUCCACAACCUUGAGUCAGGGAGAUAAGGAGAUGCAAGGAAUUCUUGUGUCCUAUAAAGUCAAGGUUACUCUGAUGCUAUCUGGCGGAGGCUUGCUUGGAGGCCUUACAUCCAGUGACGUAACAGUGGAGAUGCCUUUGACGCUCAUGUCUCCCAAACCUGCUGGUUAGUAUAUUCCGACAAAU